GGAUACUACUUCCGUGUUUCAGCACAAAAUCGUUACGGCAAUAGUGAAUCACUGGAGACUCCUUCUGCUAUCCUCAUCAAGAGUCAGCUAGAGAGGCCAGGAGCCCCAUUAAAACCAGUUGUUUCUGCACUUACCAAAAACUCCUGUGUUGUGUCUUGGAAGCCACCUCUCAGUGAUGGAGGCUCUAAAAUUAAGAACUACUGUCUUGAAAAGCAAGACAAGAAGAAGGGUGAAUGGGUUGCAGUUACGACAGAUGAAAUCCACCAGACUGUUUAUUCUGUCAAGGGCCUGACAGAAGGUGUUGAGUAUGAAUUCCGUGUGAAAUGUGAAAACCUUGGAGGAGAAAGUGAUUACAGUGAAGUAUCCGACCCUGCCAUUCCAAAGAUAGAUGUUGAUGUGCGUGCUCCUGCCUUCAAGGAAGACCUCAGAAACAUGAGUGUAAAAUUCAAGAGCAAUGCAACAUUUGUCUGCAAGAUAACAGGACAGCCCAAGCCUGUAAUAAAAUGGUUCAAGCGUGGAAAGGAAAUUCAAGCUGAUGGCACUAAAAUCAAGAUACAAGAAUUCAAGGAGGCUACCAUCAGCUUGUUAUUGCUGAUUGUGAUGCAGAAGACUCAACUGUAUAUCAGAUCAGAGCAACAAACCAGGGUGGAUCCAUUUCUGCUACUGUUUCUCUAGAUGUUGAAAUCCCUGCAAAGAUUCAUCUGCCUAAGAAUCUGCAAGGAAAGGAAGCUAUCCCUGCCCUUCGUGGUGAAGUGGUCAACAUCAAAAUUCCAUUCAGUGGAAAACCAGAUCCAGUUAUUACUUGGCAGAAGGGACAAGACCUUCUAGAUAAUAAUGGACACUAUCAAGUCAUUGUCACAAGAUCCUUCACAUCUCUUGUAUUCCAGAAUGGAGUAGAAAGGAAUGAUGCUGGUUUCUAUAUUGUAUGUGCCAAAAACAGAUUUGGAAUUGACCAGCAAACAGUAGAGCUUGAUGUUGCGGAUGUGCCUGAUCCACCACGUGGCAUCAAAGCCAGUGAUGUUUCGAGGAUUCUGUAACACUCCACUGGGUAGCACCUGCCAAUGAUGGUGGAAGUAGAGUAACCAACUAUAUCAUAGAAAAGUGUGCCACCACAGCAGAAAGAUGGAUUCGUGUUGGCCAGUCUCGUGAUACCCACUAUACUGUUGUCAAUCUAUUUGGAAAGACAAGUUACCAAUUCCGUGUCAUAGCUGAAAAUAAAUUUGGUCAGAGUGCACCAUCUGAGGCAAGUGGACCUGUUGUAACGAAGGAAGACAAAUCAAGAGUUCUCAACUAUGAUGAAGAGGUUGAUGACACCAGGCCAGUUUCCAAAACCAAAGCUCCUCACUCAGAGGCUAAGAAUGUUCAUAACAAGUACAUGAUUGCUGAAGAGCUUGGCCGUGGACAGUUUGGUAUUGUUCACGGUGCAUUGAAACCAGCUCUGAGAAAACUUACAUGGCUAAAUUUGUCAAAGUUAGAGGUGCAGAUCAGGCAAUAGUUAAGAAAGAAAUUGCAACACUAAAUGUGGCACGCCACAAGAACUUCCUCUUACUGCAUGAGUCAUUUGACUGCCCUGAAGAACUAGUCAUGAUUUAUGAGUUCAUUUCUGGUGUGGACAUAUUUGAACGCCUUGGUACAGCCAAUUUUGAGCUCAAUGAGCGUGAAGUUGUUAACUAUAUCAGACAAGUAUGUGAAGCUCUUGAAUUCCUUCACAGCAAGAGUUAUGGCCACUUCGAUAUCAGGCCUGAAAAUAUAGUCUACACCACAAGAAAGGGAACUAAUGUCAAGAUCACUGAGCUUGGACAGUCUAGACACCUUACACCUGGUGACCAAAUUAAGAUUCAGUACAUGACAGCUGAGUUUGCAGCACCAGAAAUUCAUCAGAAUGAGAUGGUUAGCACCGUGACAGAUAUGUGGUCUGUCGGUGUCCUUGUGUAUGUUCUUCUUAGUGGACUUAAUCCAUUUGCCGCUGAAACUAAUCAGCAAAUGAUUGAGAGCAUUUGCAAUGCUGAGUACAGUUUUGAUGACGAAGCCUUCAAGCAUAUAAGUGUCGAGGCAUUAGACUUUGUUGACCGCCUACUAACCAAAGAGCGUAAACAUCGUAUGACUGCUGCAGAGGCUUUGAAUCAUCCUUGGCUGACAAUGAACUCAGAGCAACUGAGCACUAGGACCAUCAAGAUUACUCGUCACAAGAGAUAUUACCAAGCCAUGGUUAAGAAAGAAUGGAACACUGUUGUCUCAUCUGCUCGUAUUGCCAGUGGUGGUGCUAUCAGAAAUCAGCGGGAGUAACACUCUCUAAAGUCAAGAUUGCACCAUUUGAACAUGGACCAGUUGCAGGACAAAUUAAACACAGUGUUGCUGACGAAGGUGAUGAUAUCAAGCUCAUUUGCAACAUUGAUAACUAUGAUAGUAGCACGGAAGUAACAUGGUACUGUGGAGUAAGACAACUAGAAGAAGGUGCUAAAUACGAAAUUGCUUAUGAAGACGGGCUUGCUUCCAUAACUAUUAAGGCAAUCACAAGAACCGAUGAUGGAACAUACAGAUGUAAAGUUGUCAAUGAGUAUGGUGAGGACAGUGCUUAUUCUGAGCUCUUUGUUAAAGGAGUAAGAUCCUAUCGUGAGUUCUACACUGCACGUGUUGUAAAGAAAGUAAAACGCAGAGUUGACACAGCAAGACUACUCCAAAGACCUCCUGAAUUUACUUUGCCAUUGUGUAACCGCACUGCUUACAUUGGAGAGGAUGUGCGCUUUGGUGUCACAAUCACAGUGCAUCCUGAACCACGUGUGAUGUGGUUGAAAACUGGUCAAAAGAUUAUGCCAGGAGAUGAUGACAAGAAAUACACUUUUAUUAGUGAUAAGGGCCUGUAUCAGUUAGUUAUUCACCAUCUUGACCCAGAUGAUGAUGCAGAAUACACUGUUGUGGCACGGAACAGAUUUGGUGAUGACAGUUGCAAGGCUCGUCUCACAGUGAUACCUCGUCCUGCUCCUGCUGAUAACACCUUGAGACCUAUGUUCAAACGUGUUCUUGCUAACUUGGAAUGCAGAGAAGGCCAGAGUGUACGUUUUGAAAUGAGAGUGUCAGGGCAUCCCUCAUUGAAAUGGGAGAAAGAUGGCAUGCCUUUGGCAUUUGGUCCACAAAUUGAAGUUGUGCAUGAAGGCUUAGAUUACUAUGUCUUACAUGUAAGAGAUACUCUUCCAGAGGAUUCUGGCACAUACAGGGUCAUUGCAACUAACUCAGCUGGGUCUGCAAGCUGCCAAUCCACACUCAAGGUUGAACGUGUGACACACAUCAAGAAGGAGGAAAGUGAGGAAGAAAAGAAGAAGAAACAUGAUCUUGAUCAGCAAGAGAUGGACAAAAAAGUAAGACUAACCCAGAUACUAGCAGGUGCAGAUGUUACCCCACUUACUCCAGUUGCACAGCAGGCACUAAGAGAAGCUGCAUCCAUGUUCAAGCCAGCAAUCACUACCAAGAAAGUCAAGAGCGAAGCUGAGGAAGCCAAAGAAAAGGAAGAGAAAAAGAAAAGAGCAGAAGAAAAGAGGCUGAGAAUGCCAUAUGUUAUUCCUCCACCUCGUGUUGUUGCUCCAACUGCUCUUGAGGAGGACAUGGAAAUCAAACACUUUGUGCCUUUCUCUGAUAUGAAGUGGUACAAGAAACUACGUGAUCAGUAUGAGUUCCCAGAGCCAAUGGAAAAGUUCCCCCAGAAAAGACUUAAGCGCAUCCGACUGUCAAGGUGGGAUCAGUUCUAUGAAGUACCUCUGCCAAGAAUUAAAGACCAAUACAAGCCAAAAUGGCAUAUUCCAGUUUCACAAGAUGACCUUGAGACUGUAAGGCCAGCAAGACACCGCACACCUUCUCCAGAAAUGGAGGCUUACUACAGAAUCAGGAGACGCUCUCUUGGUGAUCUUUCUGAUGAGGAACUGCUUCUGCCUGUUAGAGAGUACUUGUCAAUGAAGAGAACAGAGGAAGAAAGACUUAAACUAGAGGAUGAACUUGAAUUAGGCUAUUCUGCUUCUCCACCAAGUCUUAGCCCUGUACGCUUUGAACUCUCUGCACUGCGUCACCCGUCACCUAAGAAAGCUGCAUAUGAUGAGGAGGAAGGGGAAGAAGUUCCAUCCUAUGACUCCUAUCGCAUUCCAUCUAAAUAUGAGGCUGGUCCAAGCUAUAUUGACUUACGUCAGCGUCACGAUAGGGCAACAUACAGACCUCCAAGACAAAAGCAAAGAUUAUAUGAGGAAAAAGAGGAUCAAGAACUGCUUAGGUCAGUAACAACAACCACAAAGUUAACGUCCUACAAGAGCAAACUGCAGCACAUUGAGUUUGAGGAGAAAACAAAGGUCAAAAGAAAGGAGAAAACAAGGGUGUCUAUGUCAGCAGUAACUGAGGCUGCAGUCAUAACUGAUAUGCCUACAACAUUUGUUCCUGGCUAUGCUACAGCAACUCGUCCUAAGAAACCUUCUGCAUCUCUGGCAGAAAAAGAAGUGGUUAGAACACCUUCACCUGAAAAGACACGCCCACGUUCCCCCAGCUUUGAGAAAGCAGACACUACACCAGACUUAUCAACAAAAAUUGAUUAUAUGUCAAGGUAUGAGUCAAGAAAGAAGGCCUUGAAAACUGAAAGAAAGUUCGAAAUUGUGACCCAGGAGCCUUUUACCCUUGACCAUGCUCCAAGAGUGACUGUAAGAAUGCGCUCUCACCGUGUGCCAAUUGGUCAGAACACUAAAUUCACACUGAAUGUCCAAUCUAAGCCAGAAGCACAGAUUAAAUGGUACCACAAUGGAGUUCAAAUUGAAGAAAGCAGAAAAUACCGUAUGUUUAACAUGAGUGGCGUUUUGUCUCUUCAAAUCAUUGAUUGUCAGGAAGAGGACAGUGGCACCUACCGUGUCGUCUGCACAAAUGCAAAGGGAGAGGCCUCUGACUAUGCCACUCUCGAUGUUGCUGGUGGUGGAUUUUCUGCAUAUGCCUCACAACGUAAAGAUGAGGAGCCACCAACUUCCUUUGUCCCUGAGAUGACAAAAACAGAUGUUUAUCAUGUUUCAUCUACAAAAGCAGCAUCUGUAUCAGAAACACAAGUGGAAGUAUCCGAAACUAAAACAGACAAGAUAGAAGAGACAAUUAAGACUGUUGUUCAGGAGAAGCAAGUAACAUCUGAAAUCAAACUUGAAACUAUGGAAGUGACAGCAGUUGAGGAUGUUGUGGUAGAAAAAAUUUCUGAGACUAAACUUGAAUCUACAGAAGUGAAAACAUUCGUGGAAGAAGUGGUUGAGGAAAAGAAGUCAACUCUCCCAGCCACAAUUUUGACUAAACCACAAUCACUAACAGUGUCUGAGGGAGAAUCAGUUAAAUUCACAUGUGACGUUGAUGGUGACCCUGCACCCACUAUAACAUGGAUGCGAGAGGCACAAGUAAUUGAGUCAUCUCAUCGUCACCAUAUUACCUCAACUGAAUUUAAAUCAACUUUUGAGAUUACCCAAGUUGAAAUGUCAGAUGGAGGUAAUUACACUGUAGUGGUACAGAACUCUGAAGGUAAACAGGAGGCACAGUUCAGCCUAACUGUUCGUAAACCAACACCUGUACAGAAAGUUGUUGCUUCUCCUCCUAGAGUGAAAUCUCCAGAGUCUCGUAUAAAGUCACCAUUUGGAAUUAGGUCUCCACAGAGAAUUAAAUCACCUGAACCAAUUAAAUCUCCACAAAGAGUUAAGUCCCCACCCAUGGUAAAAUCACCUACUCCUAAAGAAAAAACAUCCAAGCCAACCUUUUCAACUGAACUCAAAGACAUCUCAGCAUCUGCAGAUACUAUUAUAAAGCUUACAGUGAAAAUGUGCGGUGAGCCUAAGCCAUCAAUCUCUUGGAUGAAAGAUGGAAAAAACCUCUCUCAAGGUGGAAAAUAUGAAAUCUUUGAAGAACAUGGUUCAGCACAUCUUGAAAUCUAUGAAGCUGAUGUCUCUGAUAGUGGAGUAUACACAUGUACAGCCAGAAACAGUGCUGGAUUUGUUACUACAAACUGCACAGUUACUGUUCAAGCACGGACAACAACAGUUGCAGUGGAAAGAAAAGCAGAGUUGACAGAGCAAAUAGUGAAAAAGGAGAUUGCCUAUGAGGAAGUACAGUCCUUUACAGAAAUGAAAGCAUCAAAAACCCAAAUGACGAUGAGUCAAGGUCAGACUAUUACACUACGAGCCAGCAUACCUGAAGCCUCCGAUGUCAAAUGGAUCCUAAAUGGAGUCGAGUUAUCGAAUUCUGAGAACUACAGAUACGGUGUGUCAGGAAAUGAUCACACCCUGACAAUUAAAAGCAUCAGCCAUCAUGACCAGGGAAUUCUCACAUGUGAGGCCAAAACUGAACAUGGUGUAGUCAAAUGCCAGUUUGACACGACCGUCAGUGCUAUGCGCUCAAAUGCACCAAGUUUCCAUGUGCAACCACAUUCCCAGAAUGUAAACGAGGGACAAAAUGUCACAUUUACAUGUGAAAUCACUGGUGAACCUUCUCCUGAAAUUGAGUGGCUCAAGGAUAAUUCAACAAUAUCUAUUACAUCGAACAUGAAAUUGAGCCGGUCUAAGAAUGAGUACACACUUGAGAUUCACAACGCUACCAUUGAAGACAGUGGAAAAUACACAGUAAAAGCAAAGAACAAAUUUGGACAGUGCUCUGCAACAGCAUCACUGAAUGUCCUCAGUAUACCACCAAAGAUUGAGGCUGCUCCUCAAGAUAUCAGUAUUGAGUCAGGAAAGGUCCUGACUGUAGCCUGUGCUUUCACUGGAGACCCAACCCCUUGCACAGAAUGGUCACAUUCAGGGAAGACACUGCCCAGCAAGGAGGAGAGUGGACGAUUGCAGAUUGAGACUUCUCAAGAUGUCACCACUCUUGUUAUCAGUGGAGUGAAAGAGACUGAUGCUGGUGCAUACACCUUAAAGCUUUUUAACGAGUUUGGUUUUGAUACCACUACUGUCAAUGUCAGGAUUCGAUCAAUGUAAAAAAAAAAAAAAAAAAAAAAAAAAAAUUAUAUAAUAGCAAUACAAUCAUCACCCCAUUUCCCUCAUUCAAAUCCUUUUUAUUUAUAGAAUGAGAAAAAAAUACUGUUCUUGAUAAAGACCUGAAUUUCUGUUCUUGUAAAUAUGAACUUUUUUCUUUUUUUUUUUUAACCAAACUUGACAUUCAUUUAUGCCAAACUAGACUAAAGUCUAAAGUUGUUAUAAAAUGUGCCAUAUUGGAUAAUUAUGAUCAGAAGUUCAGCACCAUUUUGUGACAUGUACAUAAUGUAUAUAGCCGAAUUUACCGGUUAUGGAAAAUGUAUGAAUUGUUAUUUAUGACAAUAUUAACAAAUGAAACAAAAGGAACUAAAUGUUUAACAGGAGAAAGUUUCACAUGGAACGAAUACCCUGUUAAACCUGAAACGAAACGAAACUAUGUGCCUCAACAAAAAGUUGAAGUCUUAAGAUUGCCUCAACAGGUAGAGAGGCUCCCUGUUGAAGUUAACUAAAAUCAGAGAGACAAAGAUAUGCACUGCACAUUUGUGCGUGCAGUAAAGCAGUAUACAAGAAUUUAUGAUUUGAACAUAAGACCUUGAGUGCUGUUUGCAUUACCCUCAUGUAAGCAGGAUGACUAGGCCUUGUGUUCAGACUGAUUAAGUCAUACCACCAUUUUAAUGACAAGCUCAAUGUGCGAGCGGCCUGCACAAUGAGUAAAUGAUGAUGUUAGUGCACAGUUUCUGGCAAUGGACUGUUUGAAUUUUGAUUUUAUGAAAGUAACAUCACCUGGCCAUUCAUUGUAAAAUCAAUUCAAGUGCUUCUUUGCAGAAGCUGUGCCAACUCUUGGAGGAUUGCUAAGUUAUAUUUUGUGUGUUUGUGUGUGUGCUAGCAUUAGAAUCUCACUUUGUCAGCAGCCAGGGUAUCCAUCAUGUAACCACAGAGACUUCAUGUGCUGUGCAAAGAAAAGAAAAAUACAUGGAUGUAAUACCCUGCACAUUGAUUUAUUAGAACUAAUUUAUGUAGGUUUACCCAUAUAUUCAGCCUCCUUGAGUUUUAUGAAUUACUGAUUUAAUAAAGCAUGUUUUCAGCACCAUAAAA